GCAUAUGGUCAGACAGCUCGACGAGUGGAGGUCCUGCCAGUUGUAGGCGCUGUUCCAAGCAGGCUGCAAAACACCAAUUGAUUGUUUAUUUUGUGUUUGUUUACAUUUUCGAACAAAUGGCUUCCACUUUGCUAUCACCCAUGGUGGAUUAUUACAACGACGAGGAGGAACUGGACAGCGUGGACGACGACGAUGAUCGGAGUUUUAGAGGAAGAGAUUCGGAAGAAGACACUGAGGAUGCCAGUGAAACAGACCUUGCCAAGCAUGACGAGGAUGACUAUGUGGAAAUCAAAGAGCAGAUGUACCAAGACAAACUGGCCUCUCUGAAAAGACAGCUGCAGCAAUUACAAGAAGGUACACUGCAGGAGUAUCAGAAGAGGAUGAAGAAGCUGGACCAGCAGUAUAAAGAGAGACUCCGAAAUGCAGAUCUGUUCCUCCAGCUUGAGACAGAGCAGGUUGAGAGGAACUAUAUCAAGGAGAAGAAGGCAGCGGUGAAGGAGUUUGAUGAUAAAAAGGUUGAACUGAAGGAAAACCUAAUUGCAGAGCUGGAGGAGAAAAAGAAGAUGAUUGAGAACGAGAAAUUAACAAUGGAGCUGACAGGCGAUUCUAUGGAGGUAAAACCUAUCAUGACUCGGAAAUUAAGGAGGCGGCCUAACGAUCCCGUCCCGAUACCAGACAAACGAAGAAAACCUGCACCAGCUCAGCUAAAUUAUUUGUUAACAGACGAGCAGAUAAUGGAGGAUCUAAGAACACUUAAUAAGCUCAAGUCACCAAAACGGCCAGUGUCUCCUUCAUCUCCAGAGCACGUCCCCUCUGCUCCCAUGGAGAAUCCCUCCCAGCGUUACGAGGCUCGCAUCGAGGAGGGGAAACUUUACUACGACAAAAGAUGGUACCACAAGAGCCAGGCCAUCUACCUGGAGUCAAAGGACAACACAAAGAUUAGCUGCGUCAUCAGCUCAGUGGGCACCAAUGAGAUUUGGGUCAGAAAGACAAGCGACAGUACAAAGAUGAGGAUCUACCUGGGGCAGCUGCAGAGGGGAGCGUUCGUCAUCCGUCGACGAUCGGCUGCGUGAAACAUCGACUCAACCCCAUCUGUUUAUUUAUCAUCCAUCCACUGUUUCCCUAUUUGGUGCAUCUCAUUUGAGUUUAACAUGUGGCCUCUUUUUCAUAGCUCAUAUUCUUACAUACAGUUCCCUCUACUAUACAAACAUACACACAGGUACAGUCUUCCACGGCCAAAUUUUUCAAACAAACCAAUUACCAGUACAGUAAAUGCAGUCACAUACACUGUUUUCCAGCAUUAUUUGUCACUGUGUGGCAUGUGUGUGAAAGCAGUUACAUAUAAGCCCAUUUUGCCGUCAUCACAGACCUUUUCUAUAUCGUGCGGUUUUAUUUACAUUUAUUAUUAAAUUAUUUUGCUCAGCCAGCCUCAUGUUGACCCAUAGAAACCGACUUGAAGGCUUUCAGAUGUCUCACAGGUGUAAUGUGACCAAGCAGGUUCUAAAAAAAGCUGCUUCGAGUUUAACUGAAGAUCAUUAAACGGAAGCGGUCACGCCAUUUUCAAGAAUAUGUAUUUUGCACUGUCAUCAAGACACUGAGGCUGCUCGCUAUGCUGAUGGCUUUUACAUGUUUAAAUGUCCUGUGUGUUACACCUUUACGUUCUUAUUUGGAGGGGAUAAAAAAAGACACAUUUUGUUAGUUCACUGUUACUAUGUUUUUUGUCAUUUUAUAUGACCCUCUUCACAUGUGAACAAUCUGGGUGAGUUCAGCUCUAUUACAGUAAGAUUACUGUUAAUUUGUACUGUGUUCCAUUUUAUUAAAAUGCUUUCUGCCUUUAUUAUGUAAA